AUGGCUUUCACAAAAGUUGCAGUCAUCUUUUUCUUCUUGAUGGCAAUGGGUCUCUGUCACUACUCCUCCAUAGCCGAAGAUUCUUUCGAAAAUAAGAACUUAAUUACUAAUUCUGAUAAUACUCUCGAAGAUGCAUGCAACAACGAAAACCCUCACAUAGAGCAAGUGGUCCAAGAUCCCAAGACAUCCAUGGAAAAUGAUCAAAACUCUUCUGGUUGGGAGGAUGAUGAGAUUGAAGUCAACACAAAGUCAACAGAUCCAAGCACAAGCAAUGGAGCUUCUCAUCUUCAGGACCAAGUUUUCAGCACUUCUAAUGGCAAUGCAGUAGGACCUGAGAUGAUUAUCAUUCUUGCGCUUGUAACCGUCUUUGGUGGUCUCUAUUUCUUUGCUCCCUAUGUCCUUCUCGUAGCGACAAUUAACAUUCUGUUCUCCUCCAAGCUUCACUUCUAUAUGGAAGAACACAACACUGGAGUAAACUAUGGCAGGCAGAUAUGA